GUGGAAAUGGGAAUGGAGGCAAAAAAAGACAAUUGGAAAAAGGGGUCUGCCCUCCACAUAAGAUUAACGUUUUUGUAUUAAUGAAUGGAAAUAUACCAUCGAAGAGUUGCAGUUUAUCAGUUCUGCCGCAGGUCAUCACACUCAAGUCGUCAUUACCUCUCCUAAUUAUCUUGGACUGUUUCUCCACAUCCCCUACUGUGUUACCUCCCUGGAAGCUGUUUGGACGCUAAUGUAAUGAACUGUUUUCUUGUUAUAUUAACCACAAAGGCAUCUAAUGCAGUUCCCUUCUGCAUGUUCAUCCACACUGCUUCUGGUGCCCUCAAGUCAGUUCACUUGCUAUGGCACUGCAAGAUCCUGGCAGGACAACAGGAUUUCCUUGCAAACAAUGUGGCCUGAUAUUUCCCAACAUGCCCAGUCUGCAGGAGCACAUGGAAGUUCACCUUCAACAAGAGGAGGAACGCAGGUUUAAAUGUGAUGAAUGCGGACGUUGUUAUAGGCAUGCUGGUAGCCUCGCUAACCACAAAAAGACUCAUGAUGUGGGCUCUUUUCAAUGUAACAUAUGUGGUAAAGAAAACUCCAAUGCAUUAGCCCUGAAAAGUCAUCUCCGGAGCCACACGUCACAGAAAAAAUACUCCUGUGCUGAAUGUGGGAAAGCUUUUCGUCUGGCAACCCAGCUGGCUACGCAUGAAAGGGUUCAUCUUGCCAGGCGAGCAAAGGAGCAGUCAUAUAGGAAGGUAGACAUGGAAUAUCCCUCACAUAAAAAUGAAAAUGAGCACCCACAUCCUUUAAGUGAGAAUUCAAACAGUUUUAGGAAUUCUACAGAAAAUAGCCCAGCUGAGGAAAAGCCAGAGGUUGCGUAUAAUCAAUCCGAGACCUCCGAUGAUGCAGCAAAUAGACCUUUCAGGUGUGAUUUAUGUGAUAAAUCAUACAUACACCACCGAAGCCUGACCAAUCAUAAAAAGACUCACCAAGUGGGAAUGUUUGAGUGCACGGUGUGUUUCAAACUUUUUAAUAACAUGGCUGCUCUCUACAGCCACCAGAGGACUCACAAGGCAAGAAGUGGGACGGACCCAGGUUUGAUGGGUGGGUCUUACACAAGCACACCACUGAACCAGUUCUCACCUCAGAGCCAAGAUGCUCCUGUUAAUUUCUGCCAUCUGUGUCAGGUUCUUUUCCCAAAUGAGGAGGAGUUCCAGGAUCACAUUCAGAUGCAUAAUUCCUCAUCUGUGUCAUUUGGGCUUCAAGAUUCCUUAUCAGAGAACCACAAUAUGUCCUAUGAAAACAGUAUUGCUUCACCUGAGUCAAAUUUCUAUCCAUCUCCUUUAAACAAUGUUCCCUCAGUAUCAUCUUUAGAUAAUCAAGCCGGCUUUGACCAGCCCCAUGAGCUUAUCACAAGUAAUGGACAUGUGUACUCGGACUGCUCCAACAAUCAAAUACCAUCUUUCAAUAGCACUCAGGGAGAUCCUACAAUUAUAGACCCAGGCAUUCUCCAUUCUGCCCUGACACAAACACAAAACACAGUCAAUGCAACAGAAAUAAAUGAGACCUCAACUGUAGAUUCUGAUGAGCGUCCCUUCAAGUGUCAAGUCUGCGGUAAAAGCUACCGCCAUUCUGGGAGUCUCAUCAACCACAAAAGAUCCCAUCAGGUUGGGAUUUACCAGUGUUCUAUCUGCAGGAAGAAUUAUCCCCACCUGGCCGCCCUCAAAAGUCACCUUCGCCUCCACAAAGCUCAGCCGUCAUCUUUCAGCCUCCACAUGGAAGGAGACUGGCUUUCCUCAGAGCCUCUAGAUAACCAACAGAGCUGCUUCUCUUCUCAAGAGGAUGGGGAGGAGGCCGCUCUCCCUAAUCUUGGUAUGGAUCAAGAAAAUGGAGUAGACAACAGCAGUGGAGUAUUGUAUCAUGGGCAGUUUAAUCAGGACUUCUCCCAGGAUAUGACUGUGCAUCUACCUCACAAUGACCACCUGAUGCAGCGGCACAUGUGUGCAGACUGUGGUGAGACAUUUGCAGAUAUUGCAGGAAUUAAGUCUCACAGUUGCCCUUUGUUACAGCAGCAGCAUGACAAUACUAGCAGUGACUUUGACAGCAGUAUGAAUUUCCAGGACAGUAACGGUCACUGCGCUGUUGGAAAUCCAGCGAGUAAUGUAGAGUUUCACGGUCAGAAUGGCAGCCACAACCAAAGUUAUUUUGAACAGAAUUUCCAGGAAAGUCUGAGCAGUGAUCAGCUGAACGGGGGAGAAGAAGAAGACGGUGAAAAUCCUGAUGAAGAGGAUGAUGAUGGAGAUCUGUAUCAGUGCUCCAUAUGUGGAAACAGCUACACCAGCAUGAGGGCACUCAGGAGCCAUCUGCGAGGUCAUACGCAGUCUCUCAGCACUCCUGCAAGCUCAGGGCCCUCGUCAAUGUCCUCCCAUGAUGAAGUGAAAGAUGAAGAGCCUGGAGAAAUGAUGAUCUGCAGCACAUGUGGAGAAAGCUUUGCCAAUAGACAGGACCUAAUAACUCAUCAGCUUCUGCACAACAAGGACCAGGUGGCUGAUGUUGAUCAUUUACAAAUAAACAACAGUGAUGUGCCUGAAGGCAAGGAGGAAGCACAAAGUAUCAUCUGUGGCAGCUGUGGCAUUUUCUGCUCCAGCUACCAUCAUCUGGACAACCAUGGCUGCACAGAUGAAAAGAAAGAUGAGUCAAUGCACUGUAAAGAGGAAAUGAAAGUGAAUGAUGUUUCCCAGAAUGAAGACCCCACUCCCCUGAAAGAAACUGUAGACACUGAACAUCGUCAUUACAAGUGCGAUCAGUGUGGGCGGUCGUACAGACAUGCUGGCUCCCUCCUUAACCACAAAAAGUCCCAUAAAACAGGUGUAUUCAGAUGCCUUGUCUGUCAGAAGCGUUUCUACAACCUGUUGGCCCUUAAGAACCACCAGAGGUCACACUUUGAUAUAAAAAGGCACACUUGCCACGAGUGUGGGAAAGCCUUCAAAAUACAGAAGCAGCUUUUGAAUCACCUGAGAAGGCACAAAGAGAACCAGGCCAAAAUCCAGGAACUCAACAACCAGAUCCAGGCACUCAUGCAGAUGAAUGGGACCAGCACUGAUGGAGGAAUGCAGCCCUUAACUUCAAAUGCCAGUCAGGCUUUUACCUCAUCUCGACGCUGCAGGCAACCACAAAUGAAGUCUGAGACUUCAGUCAAAUCAGAGGACACAGGUGAUGGACGGCCCUUCGCCUGUGACCAGUGUGGGCGCACAUAUCGCCACGCAGGAAGUCUGGUCAACCACAAAAACUCCCAUAAAACAGGUGAAUAUUACUGCUCCGUUUGCAACAACUCUUAUUCCAACCAACUGGCAAUGAAGAACCACUUGCGAACCCACUUUGCAUUUAAAAAACACUCCUGCCAAAAGUGUGGAAAAGGCUUUAGAGGAAAGAAGCAGCUAUUAGCCCAUGUUUGUGCAGACCUCAGAAAGGAAGGGGCUGGAGGGAGGCGGGGCUUAAAAUCUCGAGCCUUUAAGUGUAAGGAAUGUAAGGAGGCCUUUUUUUCUGAUGCCCAGCUGGCAGCUCACACCUGUAAUGGACCUUCAGGCAGCACUGAUGAACAAACAAACACAACCCCUAUCCUGAAUAAAGAGGAGCGGCCUUUUACAUGCAACAUAUGUAACCGCAGCUACCGCCAUGCUGGCUCACUCCUAAACCACAAAAACACCCACAAGACAGGACACUUUAGCUGCACCUUCUGCUCCAAGCCCUUCACCAAUCCCAUGGCUCUACGUAAUCACACACGCAUCCACACACAGAAGAAAAAGUACGUGUGUCUCACGUGUGGAAAGGCCUUCCGCCUUGCCAGCAUCCUGCACAACCAUCAGAGGGUCCACAAUCGAGCAGCCAGUCACUUCAGCUGUUCUACGUGUGGAAAGAGCUUCCAGGGCCGGUCCGGUCUGAAGAGGCAUCGCUGCCGCCAAGGUCAGGAGAACUUUUUGAGAGCCGGAGUCCAGCAGGCAGAGAGAGCAGACAAGUGCUUCAUGUGUGACCUGUGUGGGCGCUCUUACCGUCAUGCCGGAUCUCUUCUCAACCAUAAAAAGACUCACUCUGAAAACCUCCACCACUGCACCCUGUGUCUCCAGACAUUUCCCGAUCCCCUCACUCUGCAGAUUCACUCCCAGAUGAGGCGCCACUGCUGCCCUGAGUGCGGCAAGACCUUCUGUCUGCUCUCCCACCUGCAGAGCCACAUGGAGGUGCACUCAAAGGAGCGAUCUUUGGUCUGCAGCCUCUGCCAGCAGACAUUUCCAGACACAUCCAGCUACCAGCAGCACCAGGAGCUUCACCACAGGGCUGAGAACCCCUAUCAACAAGGCGUGGGGGAGUCUGCUGAUAACAACCUCUGCUGGGACUCAGGAAUAAACCAGACCAUGGGAAUGGAUGGGAUGCCAAAGCAGGUUCCUCCACCUUUGUCCCAUAUUCCAGAAAGCAUCACGAAUUCACAGACGAGCAACGACCCUGCAGUCGUGGAAGAAAAGAGCCACAUCUGUGAGCACUGCGGCCGCACCUACCGCCACGCCGGCUCCCUCCUCAACCAUAAAAACAGCCACAAGACUGGCUCCUUCUCCUGCUCCGUGUGCCAGAAAGAGUUCACCAAUCUGAUGGCACUCAAGAACCACCGGCGCAUUCACACAGAGCCAAAGCGCUACCAGUGUCUGGAGUGUGGGAAGGCAUUCCGUGUGUCCACUCAGCUCAUUUGUCAUCGGCGGAUCCACACCAGGGAGAAACCAUUCACCUGCAUGAUGUGUGACAAGAGCUUUUCCAGCAAAUCCAACCUGCGACACCAUCAGAAGCUACACCAGAACACCCAGACCUAUGACAACUCAUUUAGCAUGAAUACUAACACUUUCAUGGACUUGGACAUUGAUUCUUUUCUUUGAAGAAUUUCAGACUGUUGAAGAAUAGAGGGCAUGUGGUCCUCUUAUCUAUCUCUUAUUUAUCCCUCUAUCAGUAAUUGUAAAGCAGUAUUUUUUCAGAAAGUGUUCCUUGGUCCUGACAGAAACUCGUUACAACUCUCGUUACAAACUUCCAGUCUUACCUCCACAAGAGACAGUGCCAGUGGAAAGUCUCUAGAGCGUUCAUCGGUUUAAUAAGGCUUGAAUGUUUUACACACAAUUCUAAAGAAGAGCGUGCGAUGAUCAUGUACGUCGCCGCUCUUUCCUCAAACCAACCAAAGUGAACAGAAAAGUGCAGCCCGGGUCCAUGGAAGAACAAGAAGGGAUUUUUCUAAGCCAGUACUGUUCUAACGUUAACGCCUCCUCUCUGACGAUGUAUAAUUGUAUUCAGUGCCUCUGUAAGUUCCUUAGGAAGCAAAAUGUACAAACUAUAUUUAUCUCUGAAUCCUUUUCUUAGCUUUGCCGUCAGUUUCUGAGGAUUGCUUACUUUGGGUUGAAUAGGGCAAGCUUGUCAAAUACCUCUGGGGGCAAGAAGUGUUUAACUCAAAUCCUAUAUCAAGUAAAUAGUUGUACUUCUAAUAAUAUUCAGUGACAUUGUAUGCUAAAAUUUAUGUAUUUAAUUAAUUUAUUUCUGUUAUUUUAUGUUUAUAUUUUAUUAGAACAACUUUUUAUGAAUGUUGUACAAACUGUUCUAAACUCAUGUAGCCUUUAUGGAGCUUCAUCAGUCGAUUUGUAUCUUCUUAAUUAAAAACAGGCAGGAGAGAACAAGGCAAAUGUGCUGCACUCAGGGUCAAAACCUUCAAAAGGAACAAACCUGACGUGUGAAACUUUGUACAUAAUCAGUUUCUGAACUGAGCAUAGCAUUUAUUUUUCACUUGUGCCAUUUAAAACUUCAAAAUCACUCCAUGAUUUAGUUGCAUCUCCAUGUGCAGUGCAUGCUGUUAAAUCCUUAUUCUGUGGGAAAAUUAAGAAGCAGCAUCAGUUAUGUUGAAGUGCCAGUGCCUCAAAUGUAAUUCAACUGUAGCAGUUUAAUUUAAACAAUCAUCUUUUACUGUAAAAUGUUAAUGUUUUUGUGUGACAUUACUAGUAUUUCAUCAGUGAGGUAAAAGUGAUGCUACUUCUAUCCCUUUGAAUUUUCUUCCAUAACCAAUGCUCAAUACAAUUCAUAUCUGAAUUGGACCAAGCACAAGAAGCAACAUGUUGAGCUUUUACAAGAAUGAGAAAGCUUCAUUUUCUCCCUCAAGUUCAAGAACUACUUAUUUUUAGUUAAAAAUGUGCAAUUAAUUGAUUUACAGGGUAAUUUUUAUUUUGCCAAGUUGUCUUACGUGCCUCAGUGUUUCUUUUAACAAAUCAAAAAUCUAGAAAGAUUGAACAUAUUGCCUUUUUUAUCAUAUUGAAAUCAAACCUUACAUUUUCGUUAAGCCUUAUCUAUGUGUAAGUAUGUUUGGCACUGGUCAGAAGUAUGAUAUACCUCACAGAAAGCCCUGCCUACUUAUUGCCUCAUGCAGCUUCGUUGUUGAAAAUACACUGUUACAAUGGAAACUCAGAUAGCUUUUAACUGUAGGACAUAUGGACUGAAUGAAGUAUUAAUUUGUUGGCUUUGCUUUGUAGUUUGCAGAAACAGUUUCCUCCUUUAAACGGAGGUUUCUCUGCAGUUAUACAAUUUUAUUUGCACAUGUACAAAUCUAAGACACUUGUAGCCUAAAGGGGGUCAGAAAGUCGGCUCUUUGAUAGUUCACCUCAGUUUAGCUAGUUUGCAGGUAGUCGUAUUCGAGCAAUAUGCAGAAAGAACUGUUUAGAGCAUCUCAUUUGUUUGUCUAACCACUGUUUAAGUCCAGUGGCAUUUUAAAUGUACUCACACUCGCCUUGAAAAUACAUGACAGCUUGCUGUAUCUUUAAAAAUAUUUUCUUUGUUAUUGUAAUGUUUUUGCUGUUCUUACUGUAUCAUAUUUUCUUAUGCCAUGGUAGCCUCCAUGUUAAGCAACUCGUGCACGUUUAAUUUAAAACUGCCUUUUCUUUUCCAUCAAACCACAUGUGGCACUUAGAUUCACUAUUCUCACUGUUCACAAUCACAGCCUGGUGUUUGUGUUAAUCUCAGAACUCUGUAAAUAUUAAAGUAAAAAUAUCACUUGGAUCUCUGUUUACAGCAAGGUUCAGUUAAGAGGGGGAAAAUGCUAGAUCAACUAUCGUGUAAUAAUAAAAGCAUAUACAAGACAAUGUAAGGAUUUAUUGGGUUUUCAGUGCUCCAAAAUGUCUGCUCACUAUUUAAUUCAUAUUUAUAUAACUAUUUUGUCACUCUGGAAUGUAGAUUUUUACUCCUUUGUUAGAACUUAGAGUAGAAUAUAAGCAAAUUAUUCAAAAUAAAAUAGCUGAAAUUAAUUAAAAGA